GAGCCGGAAGUCCCGCCUGCCGUGCCGCUGCUGUUGUUGUGACAGGGACCGUGACAGCGACAGGCCCGGCACGAGCCCCCGCCCCCCGCACACGGGCCUCGCCGCCUCUGGCUCCGCUCCCCGCCCGCCCGCACCAUGAAGUGGAUGUUCAAGGAGGACCACGCGCUGGAGCACAGAUGUGUCGAGUCGGCAAAAAUCCGAGCCAAAUACCCUGACCGUGUCCCGGUCAUAGUGGAGAAGGUCUCAGGAUCUCAGAUUGUUGAUAUUGACAAGAGGAAGUACUUAGUUCCGUCUGACAUCACCGUGGCCCAGUUCAUGUGGAUCAUCAGGAAGAGGAUUCAACUGCCAUCUGAGAAGGCAAUAUUCCUCUUUGUAGACAAGACUGUCCCACAAUCCAGCUUAACUAUGGGACAACUUUAUGAGAAGGAAAAGGAUGAGGAUGGAUUCUUGUAUGUUGCCUACAGUGGAGAGAACACAUUUGGUUUCUGAAUGGUGGGUCUUGGCUACUGUACCAUCCUGCUGUGUAUCUUGUAAAUAGCUGAUCAUUUUCUGUUCUGACAUCCACAGAAGUUCCUUCUAUAUACAUGCAUUUGUAACUGGAUUUAUUUCUUAAUAUAUUGAUAGGUCUUGUUUUAUUAGACUGUUAAAUUAUAAAAAAAAAGUUUUGUUGGUUUUGUGAAUUUUUUUUUUUCUCAUGGCUAUGAAUUCCCAAAGCCUCAGUUCUUUGGGGGGAUACAUUUGAUGACAUUGGUUAAAUAAGAAAGCAAAGUAGUUGAGCUACUAAAACCUGAAGAGAAGAACAUACAUUUAUUCUGUUUUGAGAUGUCAGUUUAAGAAAAAUAAAAACAAUAAAUUAGUAUUGGGAACACUGGAUUUGCUAGCUUAUCCAAAACCAGGAGCAAGAUGCUGAUCAUGUUGAAUUGAGCUAGUAUGUUCCUCUUUCUCAAUUAACAAACAAGUACAAUAAAAAUUCCUGUCACAAA